AUGAAGGCUCUGCGUAAAGAACCUGAUGAAGAAGGGUACACUUAUUUGAAAGGUCUAGAUUAUACUGAGACUUUCUCUCCUGUUGCUAAACUUACAACUGUUCAUACUCUUUUAGCAGUUACUGCCAUCAAAAACUGGAUUCCAUCAACUCAAGUUCAUAAUAUUUUUCUUCAUAGUGAUCUAAAUGAAGAAGUAUAUAUGAAGCCCCCACUUGGUUAUUUAUCACCUGGUGAUGAUCGAGUGUUGUUAAGUGCUUGGAAAAAUGCAUGUGCAACAAUGGGGUCAAACAAAAUUGUAAUUCCUAAAAGGGUAUAUUUCCUAAGUGAGGCAGAUAUAAAAGAUCCUUGUAAAGGUGCCAUAAGGUUUCAAGUUCGAGGAACGAUAAAGGCACCAAUUGACCCUAGUGCACAUAGUAAAACAGACAGUUGGAUUACCUUUUCAUAUAUUGAUCAAUUCAUAUUAAACGGUGAAGGGACUUUUGAUGGGCAAGGAGAAAUUGCUUGGAAAAAUAAUAAUUGUGGCCAAAAUCUUAAAUGCAACUCACUUCCAAUUAGUUUAAGGUUCAAUUUUAUCACCAAUAGCAUUGUCCACGAUAUAGCUUCUAUCCAGAGCAAGAAUUUUCACGUAAAUAUUUUAGGAUGCAAGAACCUCACCUUUCAAAACUUUACAAUUACUGCACCUGCAACUAGUGCCAACACAGAUGGUAUUCAUAUCGGACGAUCAAAUGGGAUCAACAUUACUGAUUCAAAUAUUAGCACUGGUGAUGACUGUAUCUCUCUUGGUGAUGGUAGCCAACAGAUACGUGUCACUAAUGUUAGAUGCAGACCCGGACAUGGAAUUAGUGUGGGGAGCUUAGGAAAGUUUAAGAAUGAAGAACUAGUAUCUGGAUUUUUUGUAAAGAAUUGCACCAUCUCCAAUACUACUAAUGGAGUGAGAAUAAAGACUUGGCCUGUAUCAUAUGGUGGCACUGUAUCUGAUAUGCAUUUUAAAGAUAUUAAAAUGGAAAAUGUAACCUCCCCUAUAAUAUGGACAUUUACCUCCCGACCUAGCCACAAGGAAGCUUAUUGGCAUUGGUGA